AUGCAGGUCGACACGUCACGACUUAACAAGCGGAUAGGAAUCAAAACCACUGUGAUCUGCCCAGCAACAGAGAAGCAUGUGAAGAAAUACCUGCGCCAGGAGACCUUCCUCAUCAACGAAACUGAGGAUGAUUAUCGUUCCAUCACUCUUCCUCACAUAACCCAACAAAGCUUCAGUGUGCAGUGGGUUUACAACAUUCUGGAAAAGAAAGCUGAAGCUGACAGGAUUGUGUUUGAAGAUCCAGACCCUCAUGUCGGCUUUGUCCUCCUGCCAGAUUUUAAAUGGGACCAGAAGCAGCUGGAUGAUUUAUAUCUGAUUGCCAUUGUACAUCGGCGGGACCUGAAGAGUUUAAGAGAUCUUACUCCAGACAAUCUUCCUUUAUUAAGAAACAUCCUUGAAAAGGGGGUGGAAGCCAUUGGGAAGAAGUACAAUGUUCCCUCGUCUAAGCUGCGGAUGUACCUGCACUACCAGCCGUCCUACUACCACAUCCAUGUGCACUUCACCUCUCUAGAUUAUGAAGCUCCAGGAUGUGGAGUAGAGAGAGCACAUCUGCUUACAGAUGUUAUACAGAACCUGCAGGUCCAACCUGAGUAUUACCAAAAACGCACCCUCACCUUCCCCAUACGGGCAGAUGAUGCACUGCUGACCAAGUUCAGAGAAGCAGGAAAGAUUUAG